UCCCUGUCUGGAGUAUCUUCUUCUUUUACUUCUUCUGGUGACAGCAGCAGUGAUCAUCUGCUGCAGAAGAAGCCUCCCAGCAGCAGCAGCAGCCUGGUCUGCCAGGCGGACUCGGCCUGUGGUUCGGCUCCUCGCUCUCCCAGCACCUUACCUCGGAGCUACAUCACUGCUGCUCGUGUCGGCAGCAGGGACAGCCAGCUGGACAGCCUGAUGAUGCAGCACUCUGAUGUGGAGAGGAAGAAGGAGGUGUUCCUGGAUCACCUGAGGCAGAAGUAUCCUCACCAUGCGGCCAUUCUCAUGGGACACCAGGACCACAUGAGGGAGCAGGCCAGGAGUCCCUGGCCCUCUGAAGGCCCCCCCUGUGCAGGUGGGCUGGGCUUGGUGGAGCAGCAGGACCUUCUGGCUCCAGAGACCAUGUCUGAUGGAGAGGUGCUGCCCCCCACCGUCCCCUUCACCAGGGGCUGUAAAGCCAGAGCAAGUCUACCUGUGGGUCGGUCAAGUGGUCAGACAAGGGACAGACUACCUGGUGUGUUGUACCUGCAGUAUGGGGAGGAGACCAAGCAGGUCAGGAUCCCCGCUGAGGUCAGCAGUCAGGACUCCUUGCGGGCUUUGUUUGUCACGGCCUUCCCUCAUCAGCUCACCAUGAAGAUGCUCCAGUCUCCCAACAUGGCCAUCUACAUCAAAGACACCAGCCGCAACGUCUACUACGACCUGGAGGACAUCAGAAACAUCACAUCCCACUCCUGUCUGAAGGUUUAUCAUAAAGACCCAGCACAUGUGUUCAACCGCCAUGCCAGGCCUGCAAACGCAGAGGGAAGGAUCACCAAAGAGGUGCUGUACGGCAGUCACAGUCCAGUCCACACCCUGUCCUCCUCCAGCCGCAGUACCCUGCACAACCUGCAGGGCUCCAUGUCCCCGCCCAUGGUCCGCUCCAUGCCCUCGUCCCCCUCCAGGAUGCCCUACAGCGGGGGGAGCACAGGGGGCAGAUCGGGGAUGGUAGACCCGGGCAGCGCCACGUUACCACGGGAACGUCUGUCAGGAGCGGGGCGGUCCAGCUCGCUCUGCAGCAGCAGCAGCGCCAUCCUGGAGAGGAGGGACGUGAAGCCUGGUGAGAUACCUGCAGGGUCCAUGUUUCACUCAUUAUUAUUAUUAAGAUUAUCAAACAUAAUGUAUGAGGAUGUUAGCAGUAAAAGCAUGGCCCUGGUGGUGCGUGGUGAAGGAGGACCACAUUUCUCGGACUCCUACUGCUCCUCCCUGCAGGAUGGAGGAGGAGGUCGCGUCAGCAUCGCCUCCUCCCAGUGCAGCGCUCCUCCUUCUCUCAUAGCAGACAUGGUGGACGCUGGUCUUACUGGGAUCCCAGGAGGCCUUCAGCAGUACCGGGCCUCAGUCAAACCCCUGAUGGGCUACGGAGACAGCAUGGAGCACCAGACCCGCUCCCUCCACAGGCAGAAGAGCAGGAAGUACGGAGACAGCCAGCUUCCUCCACUGGGGACCAAGACCCCGCCCCCUUCACCUCACAGGGUCAAUGAGGUCAGGAUGAGUGACGGACAGAUCAUCGGAGGGGUCGGUCUGGUGUCUCCAGAGAGAAUGUCCCCGAUGCGCCGUUCCCUGCGGCGGGACAGUAACGGAGCUCCGGUGGAGAUUAUAAACAGAAGCAGAGGAAGCAGCUCCUCCACCUCGUCUGUGUUUGUGGACAGUCCUCAGGGACAACCGGAGAGACUGUUUCAGGGUCAUGUGACCGCCAGCAAUGCCCAGAGUGAAAGAAUGAAAGCCAUGGAGGAGCAGAUAGCCAGUCUGGCAGGCCUGGUGCACAGUGCUCUGUCUAUGGGAUCAGAUGCUCCAAAAAUCAAGGACUCUUUCAGUGAGAGUCCUGAACACAAACACCUCAACAACAGAUCAGAAGUGUCAUCUGAGCCUCACUUCCUUGUUGCCACGGGUGACGGCUUCAGCCCCGCCCCCCUGGCUCUCCAGGCCCCGCCCUCUGACGGCGGGCUGCAGCAGAGCUUGGUGUCAGCGAGGAGAAAUGUUUGUGAUCUGAGACUGCAACUCAACCAACUCAGACACUUACAGCUGUCGAACCAGGAGAGCGUGAGUUCGAUGCUGCGGAUGGCGGGUCAGGAGCUGGUGGUGCUGAUGUAUGACCGUCUGGCCCAGUCGGAGGAGGCAGCGUUCAGACACAGAGCGCUGAUGGAGGAGGAGAGGAUCCACUACCUGGCCACAGAGGAGACCAUACUCACACAGCUCCAUGAACUGGAGGACUACGUGAAUCAUUUGCAAAGUUCGGCCAGCAGUCCUGAGCAGCCGUCAGUCACUCUGAGAGACGUGGAGGAGGGAGCAGUGAACCUCCGGAGGGUUGGAGAAGCUCUGGCCGUCCUCAAAGGCGAUUUCCCAGAGCUGCAGGUGAAGAUGCGCUCCGUGUUGCGGCUGGAGGUGGAAGCGGUUCGUUUCCUGAAGGAGGAGCCUCAUAAGAUGGACUCCAUGCUGAAGAGGGUCAAAGCUCUGACUGAAGCUCUCAGCUGUCUCCGCAGGUGUGUGUCUGAGUCAGUCCCCCCCGUCAGACCAACCCAGGAGCCUCUUAAGGUCCUGGAACCAGACCAGGGACCACUGAGGACCCGGAGCCCCCAGAGCUCCCCCAAACCCCAGCCUCGCUCCUCAGUCAGACCCCCUCUGGCCACCUCCUCUCUCCCUGGGAGUCAGGCUGAGGCCGGUCUGACCGGCUCCCCCAUCAUGGCCCGCAGAAUGAACCCAGCAGCCUCAGUGGUCCAGCCCUCACACCACCACCCCAGCCCCCCUCUCACCCCCACCCACGGACGGGACUCACCCCAUGUGGCAAAGGUGAGUCCUUGCAGCAGAGAGAGCAGCCCCGCCCUGCAGAGGAGAUCAGGACAGAAGACCACCAUGAAACAAACAGAGGCUCAUACUGAGACUACAGAGAGACAAACUCCUGAAGGCGGUCUGAGCAUCGAGGCCGGCGGUGUGAACCAGGCCGGCACCAGCCAAACCAGCCAGCCAGCCAGUUCUGACUCCAGUCAGCCUUCACCCCCAAACACCACCACAGACUUUGAUCGGGUCCUCCAGGAAGCCCAGGCCUGCCUGAUGAACUCCAUCCCUGAUCUGAAUGUGUCAGAUACCAGAGAGCGUUGCUGUGAUUCUGCCUCAGGACAGAGAACUUCCACUGCAUCAAAGUCAGAGCAAGACUCAACUCUGGACCUGACACACCAAGCCUCAGCGGAGCACCAGUCACUUCUGUCUGAUUCCCAGCAAGACGCUCCUCCCCAGCUGAGUGACGAUGUGGACUGCACCCAGUUAGAACCCCCAGACACAGUUCCAGCAGCAGCCUCACAUCUUCCUGAAGCCGCCAAGGAGCCUCUUCCCUCAGCUCCUCCAUCAGCUCCUCCAUCAGUUCCUCCAUCAGCUGCUCCUUCAGCUCCUCCAUCAGCUGCUCCCUCAGUUCCUCCAUCAGCUGCUCCCUCAGCUCCUCCAUCAGCUCCUCCAUCAGUUCCUCCAUCAGCUGCUCCCUCGGCUUCUCCGAGCAGAGAGCGCAGCAGCCGGCCACAAGUGGAGAAACCCCGCCGCUCAAGUGUGGACAAAGAUCUAAAACAGAGUCCAGACAGGGCUGGGAAGUCUCCUCCACCUCCUCCUCCAAGAAGGUUCCAUGGGGUGAGCUCAGGUCUAACCACAGGAAGGUCAGGCGAGGUGGUUUUCACCGCCAGGAAAGAGCCGAUUGGUGCCCAGCAUGAGGGUGAGAAAGAGAAAGAGCUGCCUGUGGUUCCUCAGCCCAAACCCCCAAGACAGCCACCAGAGGUCAAACCCAAACCAGCAAUGUGUGCUCCUGCUCCUCCUGCACCUCCUGCUGCUCCCACCUCCACCGUCUCUACCUGCAUUCCCUCAGCCAACAGGGAGGAGGAGGAAGAGGAGGAGGAGGACAACAAAUUCAUGAAAGAGCUGCAGGUGUUUCAGAAAUACUCUGUGAGGGAUGUAGUGGCUGAACUCUCUGCUUCUGAGCUCCAGAGCAGAGAGCUGGAGCCUCAGGUGACUACACAACUGUCAAAUAAGAAUAAUUUGCCAGGUGGACAUAAGCAAUGGACAGGAGAGGUGAGGACAUCUCCAGCAUUAAAGGUGGCCAAUCUGAAGCUGCAGUUUGAAACAUCUGACCACCAGUCAGCUCCUCAGAUGGCAAUUCAAGAUGGCUGCCUUCAUAAACUCGUAACAGCAGUUGGGCUGGAAGAACAAACUAAAGUGAGGAAAGACAACGUAGAUCUUGAUAAGAAGAAGGAAGCAGAAAAUAAUAUGGUUCAACAAAUGUCUUCCUUAAACUGUGCAACAGUAGAUAAGGUGGAGGUACCCCCAACUCUUGCUUUGCAAGAUGUUCAGACUGUCCAGAAGAACAAGGAGGUACCAACACCAACCCCCCAAAAAUCAGAGAAGUUCGGGGUACUUAAAGUUACAACUCCGCCAAAAGAAAAUUAUGUUAAUGUGACAAGCCAUAAUCAGAAUAACAAGGAGGUUGGACAGGUGUGCUCCUCAACCACAGAAGAAAAGAAGAAGGCCAAGUUAACAACAAUUGUUACGAUGCAAAAAGAAAACAUUCAAGCAACUAACAUCACAGAUCCUGACCAGACAAAUGAAGGAGUUGUUAAAGAGGAAACACCUGAGAAAAAGCCCAAUAUGGUGGUAGUUGUAACUUUACAAAAAGAAAACACCCCAGAAGAUUUUGGGACAGAGUUCCAGAAGAAUAAGGCUCCGAGCUCGGACAAGGAGUAUGUAGCAUCUUCUCCUGCCCUAAAACUUUCUCCUGCCUUGACUCCUAACCACAGCAUCAAGCAGCAGAAGCAGAAGCAGGGAGAAACAGAGCAGGUGUCCAGGGACCAAUCACAAUACACAGAAGGAGGUAGCCUGAGCCCUGAUGUUGGCGACAAUGAGGGACCUCCCCCUCCGCCACCUCCAUCUGGUAAAUUCAGCCUUAGGAUCUCCAGGACCAGGAGUCCGAGAGUCAGGACACAAGAAGACCUUGCUGACAGUAGUGGCUCUGACAAACAGACAGUAGCUGGGGAAAGCACUGGUGAACCCACUUAUCUGAUACACAGGAACCAAGGUUUCGAGGACUUUGAUGAUUCUGAUAACAAACCUAUUAUCGUUUUCUUGAAUGAGCCAAUGGACAUUGAGUCGGCCUAUAAGCGUCUGUCCACCAUCUUUGAAUAUGACGAAGAUCUUGAUGAGAUUCUCUCUUCAGCAAAUAUUGUGGAUGAAGAGGAAACAAAGCAGGAAGAAGAGAGAAAAAUUUGCAUUACUGAAAUAAACACACGCUUAGAUUUUAAAGACAUCUCGGGAAGAGGUUCUCAAAAUAUGCAACAUCAAAGAUCUUCAUCAGAUAAUGGCUCACUUCCUGAAAACCAAAAUCAGGGUAAACUAGACAAAAAGCCAGAGAUCAAAAGGAAAUUCAAAUUUAAGUUUCCCAAAAACAAACUGGCUGCAUUUAGCCAGGCCAUUCGAACAGGGACAACCAAAGCAGGAAAGAAGACUCUUGAAGUUGUUGUCUAUGAGGAAGAGGAAGAGUUUGUAUCAGACGAUAGUCCAGUGAAGGAGACCAAGAAGCAAACAAAAGAAUCCAAGAGUUUUGAGAUUAAAAAUGCGAAACAGUCCAACUUGGGUGAAAGCAAUGCCAGACUUUCAAAGUCACAUAGCCGGGUAGAGGAUCUCUGCAAGACUACGCUUGACUCUAUUGAAAGUCUAGAAGAGUCCAUCAAAGAGUUGGAGAUCAGUGUGGACAGUAUGUCCGCCCCUUGUUCCCCGUCCAGCAUUGUGUCUUCACCUCCUCAGUCCCCUGAUUCUUCCUUUGAUUCCACUGACAGAGCUCAGCUUAAAGGCAAAGUAAAACGAGAAAGAGAGAGAAGUCCCUCCAAGAGGCCAGCCUCUCAGAUACUCAAAGGCCCAAACACACCUAAGAGUAAGAGGGCCAAACCACAGACUCCUCAGGACUCAGGGAAAACCUCCACCAAGAAACAGGUCUGAUGUUCCACUUGCUUCAGUUUAACUUGGCUGACUGGUGGUGGGCUCUCUGACUUCCUGACUCUAUGUCACAUAUGGCUGUUGAUCUAUCAAUCAUUCUUUUCAUUGUUUGUCUUCAAGCAA